GCAUCGUGUGGGACCUGCAUUACUGAUUUAAUAUGUACUAUUUUUUAUCCCCAGGAAGGAAGCGAGAUGUUUAAAAAACACCAAAGUAUGACAAAAUGGAUAAAUAUUGUUGGAUUUGUGUUAACAUAGAGACAGAUUUAGAAAACGUCAAUGAUACUGAUGAAAAUGGGGUUUCUCAUGCUACGAAAUUAAUGAGGUGUACACCCCAACAGGAAUGGAAAGAUGACUUCAAUAUUUGCAAAAGAUGUAUUGAAAAGCUCAACAUAGCAUAUACGUUUAUACAGCUUUGCAUCCAGAGUGAGGAAUUGAGGAAUAAACAGCGAAAAUGCUUAGAACAAAAACAAGCAAAGCAUUAUUGUGAAAUUUGUGAAAAAGUGUUCAAGUCUGCAAGAAAUCUUAGACAACACAAUGUCAGAUUACAUAAAAAUUCCUCGUUAAAACACACAUCAACUGUGAAGCAAUUUAUUUGUGAAAAGGAGUUUAAGCCCAAAAGGAACCUCUGCCACCACAAUAUCAGAAUACAUCAGAAACCUGAAAUCACCAAGAAUUCAAAAAUAAAUGAAGUAGAUGAGGUGUUAAAAGAAAACUUAAAAGAAGAAGAUACAUCUUUUAUUACUUAUUUAGAAACUAAUAACACUAGUGACAGUGAGGACCAAAAAGAUGAAAUAAAAGUUGAUGAUGGUCAAAAAGAUGAAAUAGAAGUCAAGUCAUCAAGAAAUAAUAGAUGUAAGAUUCCCUUUACCUGUGAGUAUUGUGGCAAAAUAUCUCAUAGAAGGCAACACCACCUGUACCAUAUUAGAUCAAGGCAUACAUUUGAAAAACCCUACAAGUGUGAUCUGUGUGAUGCUAGCUUUACUAAUUCUCACAGCUUAUUGGUGCAUAAAAGAAAUCAUAAGAAUGAAAAACCUUUUAUUUGUUCAUCUUGUGGUAAAUGUUUUGUCUGUUCUGGUGAUUUGCAUCAUCACAGCAAAAUACAUUUGAAUAAAAGGGAGUACAAAUGUUCAAUUUGUAACAAAGGUUUCAAUACAGCUAGUUGUUUGCGAGCUCAUAACAUAUGUGUGCAUACAGACCCAAGUAAAUGGACUUAUGCAUGCACUCAUUGUCCUCGUAAAUUCCCUAUCAAAACAAGCUUAAAAGAUCAUCUAAAAAGACAUGUUGGUAUUAAAGAGGUAUCAUGUCACAUUUGCUCAAAAAGCUUCUACAACAAACAAGAACUGAGAAAGCACUUUCCCAGCCAUUCUGAUGAGCGUAAAUUUAGGUGUGACAUCUGUAAAGAUAGAGGGUAUAAAACUCAAUAUGCCUUGAAAAAACAUAUGAAGAUUACACAUAAUAUAGGUGAUAUUAUAGUUAAAAAACCUGAAAAGAAAAUUCACUGUCCAAUGUGCCCUAAGACAUUUGCAUUUAAAUAUAAAUUACAAAGGCAUAUAUGUACACAUACAGAACUUUUGACAUCAUCGGGAAUAUAGAAAUUGGACGAAGAUCUGACAAGCUACAUAUAGUGCAUUUCUUUGGCAGAGGAUGAACUUUUGCAACUUAAGAGUUUUUAUUUCAUAAAGAUAUUUGUAAACAAUGGCUUCAGAAACAGGUUCAAAUGAAGAUAACCGAUCAAAAUCCUUACAGAAAUUGCUAUUGUAAAAGUGAAAUUUUUCAGGAUCAGGAUCAACAUUGUUUGAUGACGGAUUCAGAAAAUGCUUUAUUUAUCUCAUUCGGAACAUAAAACUCUGCAAGUAUAUUUGGCGUUUUCGACUUGCCAGCAAUAUCUAGGCUUUGCAAUUUCUUCCAGAUAGCCUUUGAAUUCCCUCGGCAGCUGUUAAACGAAUACUUAAAAUAUGAUUUUUGUUCAGCCCUAACAGAUUUGGUGGUGAGAUUCCUCAUUUGUUUAUAAUAAUCCCAAUGUUCCGGCAAACCGGUCCUUUUAAAUUUUCGAAACGCCUUGUCACGAAGAGACAUCAUUAAUUUAACAUUGGCGGCUUAAAAUGUUUAAAUUUGAUCUGUUAGUGGAGCUAAAGUGUCA